AUGCGCAUCACGGCUCGGGUGCUCAGGCCUCCAGCGGAGGAUGUCAAGUUCUUUCUCUCGGUUGAACCCGAUGCGACCUUCUUGCGUGUCUGGACCCUCGUCCAGCAACGCUACAGAGAGAAUUAUAGCGCUGGCCGCAGAAAUGACACAUACUUCAAAAAACUACAGGACAGUAGCGGAGCCGAUAUUGAUAUGCGCGAUACCGUUAUCGACAUCUUUGGAGAAAUUCAAGACCCCAACGAGCGCAUUGUGCAGAUCCGACAAUUACCUCUUGGUAGAGACGAUACCGUACCCUUCGACUCGUACCUUCAUCCUCCAAUCAAACCUCCCACGCCUCAAGAACAAGAAGAAAUCGACAGGCUGCGUUUGGAAUACGAUCGCUACGGUGCCACGCUUGACAACCUCGAUCCAGAUCACCCAGUCGAAUCUCAUGAAGACGCAGCUGAGAGGCGCAUAGAUCAAGAUGGCUUCGCCAUUCCAGCAAGGAUCAAUCGUCCACCUCACCCCCACCUCCCACCACCGGUCACUCAGACUAUUCCGAAUUCGCAGGACUCGUACGAAGAACAUCUCGUUCGAUCUCCUGAGCUCGGCUCGCCACAAAGAGCUCCCGCAGCCAUCACACGUCUCGCAACCCCACCUGCAGCAGUCAACACAGCCACCCAGUAUUCCACGCUUGAUGCUGUGCCGAGUGCCCAGAAACCACCUGUACUCUUUGAACAGAAUAGCAGAUCUCCUAUGGACGCACAUGCAGAUGAUGAAGCAAGACUCGACUUGGCCGAUCCCAUAUCAGAGGACUCCCAACCACGCCUCAGCAGCUCCACGACUCGAACACCAGCUCGCUCAACCAAAUCGAACAAGAGAAAAAGCUCGGACGCCAACGAGCUUCGCAAGACCAAUUCACAAAGGCUCUCAAACCACUGGACAGAAUACGAGAUAGAUAUGUUGGUCGAGGGAUUGGCUAAAGAACUUUCUUAUGAAGAGAUGAAGCAACUACUUCCAAACAGAAGUGUUGAAGGUAUCAGGAAGAAAGCAGUUGCAUACACGAAUCUCAAUCCCUUGGCUGUCAAACAACGACAAGCCAGUCUGGCCGCUCUCUGGACCGAAGAUGAAGAUGCUCACUUUGUCCGCGCCAUACGUAACAAUCAGACCUGGAAGACUCUCCACGACCAUCGCUUCCGUGACCGGUCUGACGAUAGCGUCAAAGUUCACUUUGUUGAGGUUCGCAAGCGGCUGCAAGAGGAAGACUCAGCAAAAUCUGCACGCGACCAAUACCAAAAGCAGCUGAAAGAUGGCAAUCCCUCGACUGGCCCCAACGAGAAGUUUACGCAAGAAGAAGAUGACCUUCUUCUGGCUUGUCGUGUCGAGAAUGUUGAGAUGAAGCGUGUCGCCAAAGAAUUCUUUCCCCGUCGUCCUGUAGAACAAGUUACCAAUAGAGCUGGUAGCUUGUUUCAUAAUGCAAAGCGAGCAGCGGCCAAGUUCAACCCCCUCAACACCGGGAGGUCCCCUUCUGUCGAGUUCUUAUUUGAGCAUACUCCGGAGACUCGCGAUAGAAUCGAGUUGCAGCGCCAGAAAGCCCGGCAGUUCAAAAAGAAAUCGAGCAGCGCCAGAGCAAAAGAGGUUCAACAGCUCUCACACCAAAAGUCUAUGCUUGACAGCGAUAAAAAGCGCACAGAGGAACGAAGGGAACAAGAGGACCGACAGAAGAAAGCCCUCGAAGCUUCCGAGGAGGCCAAAAAGCAAGACGAACGUGUCAAGCGACGCCGCCUAAAUGACGAUAUCAAGCGCGCGAACGACUACAACCAGCAGGUCAUCGCCUGGGAGAAGCAAGCAGCAAUUGAUGAAAAGGCCGGUCGUCCAACUCAGCCACGUCCUGAGCGUCCACUGGGCAGCAGCAUUGGCACUGAAGUAACCCCUACAACUCAGACUCCUCGUUCAACCCAUGGGAAGAAGAAGACCCCUGCUGAAGGCCCGCGUUCGAGAUCAUCUAGCGAGCGAGGCCCACAGAAACGCAGAUCUUCAGAUGUUGAGGUUCAGGUGGUCAUCACCUCGUCCAAGAAACAAAAGACGUCUGGAGUUGCAGUAGCAGAAGCCACUCCUCAAACCCAAUUGUCCGAUGCAAAGGCAGCCAGCGCUUCGAAAGCCCCGGCAAUUUCAACUCCGAAACGAAGUGCUCCUGUAGUGGCAAGAUCUGCUAUGGCAAAACUCGGUCGCACAAUGCAGCCUCAAAAGACUGGUGCUGAUCUUAAGUCUGCUCACAAGAGACCAGUCGUCGCUUUCGCCUCAGUCUCUGCUACACAGCCGGUCGCAACAAAUGCAUCAGGAAGAUCUGCAAAGAGUGACACCAUUCAAAAUCUGUCUUCGCCAGGCAUCCCCACAGCUAAGAGCUUACGCCAAUCGAAGCUACCCUUCCUACGAAAUGGUCAGCAGUUGCCAACACCUUCUGCAAAAAAAUCAACACCUGCCUCUGCCCGAAAAUUGCCAGCUGCUUCUGUCACUCCGCGCCCGCGUCUUGCAGUGUCCGACAGCAUAUUCAUCUCUUCUGAUGAGGAAUCGUCAUAUGAUGACAAUGAAAUUACGGAUCAAGAGCUUAACGCGGUAGCCGAGCGCUCUGAAGCAAUGUACAGUAGUAGUCCUGUCAAAAGUCCGCAGAUGAGCAAUGAACACGCUAGCGUGCAGCACGAACACCAGAACUUGGUCUCCCCUGGUGCAAGCGCUUUGAGAAGUAGUCCACCUGUUGCUUCAAUGCCGACACCAAAAGCCAAGGUUCUUUACGGGAGCGCGGCUCUCAAAUCUGCCACCAAAACACGACCUCCUCUUUCCCCAGCUAUACCUCCCACUGCGAUCCCUGAGACAACUCUGGAUACAGAACGAGAGCAGGAAGAAACGUUUGAUGCACCUGCAGAACGUACUGAUCCGGCCGCAACCAAAGAGGACGAAAUGCCUGAAUUUGAGAUGAGCACGGCGGAAAAUGUGCUCAGCGAUCAUGAAGAAGAUGCUUCCAUGCUGGACGAGUAUCAGAUCGAGCAUGCAACCAAUUCUACACCGGUAUUCCCUAGCUCGAGCGCGCGAGCCGGAGCCCAGGACGAAAUUAGUACGGCCAGCGACGUUCCCGAAGUGCCCACGAUGGAAGAAACUGAAGUCAUAUUGACUCCCACAGCAGCCACAAAGAACAAUCACCAUGAUUUAUCCAACGGAAAGAAAAAUCAAUCACACAUACAUUUGGAGACGGAUGAUGUUGAGGAGAUUGACUGUUAUCGUAGCGAUUCUAAAGAGGUCGAGUCAGAGGAUUGGCCUAGUGAGAAAUCCGACCGAGAAAUGCCGUUCCCGGAUCGCUCGACUGGAACCUUUGGCCCUUUCAAAGUAUACAACAACAAGCGUACCACACCCCCGAAUUCUGCUACCCAACCAAGGAGCCACCCUCAGCCGGCGACCGACAAACCUGCUCCAGCUUCGAAGGAAAAGAGUGUUGGAGAACAGGCAAUAGAUGCCAUCAACUCUCCAGCUCCGAAGGUGAUGCCUCCUCCCUCGACCACGAAACAAACCGUCCAUCCAUCGUCAACUCAAUCGGAGGAUAUUCAAAACGGCUCUCCUAUGGCCCAACCUUCCGAAGAGUCCUCAGGCGUUGUAUCAAGCGGCAAAAAGGCACGUAGAGGGCAAGGGCGCAACAAGGGAAGUCGCAUUCUGGGUGACGCACAUUUGUUCAGGCCACCACCAUCGACUGCACCACCUGAUAUCUUGAAUGGUUCAGGCUUGAGAAAGCCGUCUAAGCAGCUGGUAGAGCAUGAUCAUGAAGCCAGAGCUCAACACAUUAAUGGAGCUGGUGUCCUGAAAGACCAUAACAGUAAGGAUGCACUCUCAAGCUUUCAGAGCGAAGUCCACAGCAAACAAACCAAGAAGCAUUCCAAGGCAAAGAGAACAUCCCUAGGGUUCGAUGAGUCGUUCAAGAACAUGGUGGAGAAAGGUCAAGCCUUGGGAGCACACUCUCAGGCCACGCCUUCAAAGGGAGGCAAAGGUCAACAGUCGGCGUCGACCCAGCCUGUCAAAAAAGCUACCCCUAUCGCCAAACCUACCAAUGUGAUCUCAAGUCAGCCAGCCAGCAAUGUAAAUGCAGGCCGCACCAUCAAUCCGCAUGCGUUCGAUUGGGACAAUGCGCAGGAUGUGGCCGAGCUCAAGCGGCAGGCCGAUCAGAAAUUGCGUGAUGCCGCGAAUAUGGCCCCUGAAGACUUUUGGCAACAAUCAAAUCUGGUGAACAUGAACGAAGAACAAGUCUUGAGCCAUAUGAUCGAGCAAGGCAUCAAACGUUCAUUCGACAGACGCAAGUGGGAGAGAGAACACCCAAUUGCAGCAGGCCGGGUGCUCGACGACUAUGUCACUGAUGUGUCUGCAACACAGCCAGCUCAACAUUCUGUGGCAUCGCCAGUAAUGAACAACGCGAUGCCCAGACCAGCGACGCAGCCAGUCAUGCAAGUCCCCAAGCAGAGCGAUGACGAUGAUUCUUCAACUAGCGAAGACAGCGAUAGCGAUGAUGAGGAUGCAAUAUCCAGCUUGGAAAAUUUGUCGAGAAUAGAUGAGACCUGGGAGAGGAUUGAGGGGAUGAGCAAAGAGGUCAAGCAUAAUUCUGUAGCCCUGGUAUGA